AUUAGCUGUGAGCAUCAUUGGAAAGUGGUUGUGAGUAGGCCACACUAUUGUCAUCACGACUAGAAGCGUAGGCCAUUCCUUGUCCCCUCUCACUGUCUGUAAUGUCGCUACGGCGGGGUUACUCAGCGCGCAGGACUCAUCGUAGCAGACUCCCCUGGAAGAAACUCUGAUUUUUGAUAGAGUUCUGGUCGCGGAAACAAAUCGUUUGAAGAAAUGUCCAGCAAGGAGUUGUCGAGUCAGCCGGCACAGUAUGUGGGGCCUUACCGCCUGGAGAAGACUCUGGGGAAAGGGCAGACCGGCUUGGUGAAGCUGGGAGUACACUGCAUCACAGGGCAGAAGGUGGCCAUAAAGAUUGUGAACAGAGAGAAACUGUCAGAGUCGGUUCUCAUGAAGGUGGAGAGAGAGAUAGCUAUUCUCAAACUAAUAGAACACCCUCAUGUUCUGAAGCUGCAUGAUGUCUAUGAGAAUAACAAAUAUCUGUACUUGGUGCUAGAACAUGUGUCGGGUGGGGAGCUGUUUGACUACUUGGUGAAGAAGGGCCGGCUGACCCCUAAAGAAGCCAGAAAGUUUUUCAGACAGAUCAUCUCGGCCCUGGACUUCUGCCACAGCCACUCCAUAUGUCACAGAGACUUAAAGCCAGAGAAUCUGCUGCUGGAUGAAAAGAACAACAUCAGGAUCGCUGACUUUGGCAUGGCCUCACUACAAGUAGGAGACAGUCUCUUGGAGACGAGCUGUGGAUCCCCUCACUAUGCAUGCCCAGAGGUGAUCAGGGGUGAGAAAUAUGACGGGCGCAGAGCAGAUGUGUGGAGCUGUGGAGUCAUCCUGUUCGCACUGCUCGUGGGUGCGUUGCCGUUCGACCAUGACAACCUGCGGCAGCUGCUGGAGAAGGUGAAGAGUGGGGUGUUCCAUAUGCCCCACUUCAUUCCGCCCGAUUGCCAGGCACUGCUGAAGGGCAUGAUCGAGAAGGACCCUGAGAAGAGGCUCUCGCUUGAAGCAAUACAGAAGCACGCCUGGUAUCAGGGCGGCCGGAACGAGCCCACCCCAGAGCAGCCCCCUCCCAGGCGGGUGUGUGUGCGGCGGAUCCUGUCCCUCACGGAGCUGGACCCCGACGUGCUCGACAGCAUGCACUCCCUGGGCUGCUUCAGGGACCGCACCAAACUGGCCCGAGACCUCCAGUGCGAGGAAAUAAACCAGGAGAAGAUGAUCUAUUACCUACUGCUGGACAGGAAAGAGCGCUACCCCAGCUAUGAGGACGAGGACCUGCCAACCAGAAAUGAUGUUGCGGACCCUCCCCGGAAGCGUGUGGACUCUCCUAUGCUGACGCGUCAUGGCCGAUGCCGGCCGGAAAGAAAGAGCCUGGAAGUGUUGAGUGUGACAGAACAGGGUUCGCCUACACCGCCACGCCGAGCCCUGGACACAUCCUCACACAGUCAGAGGUCGCGCUCGGUGAGUGGCGCCUCCACAGGCCUGUCCUCCAGCCCCCUCAGCAGCCCCAGGGUCACCCCCCAGGGCUCCCCGCUCCCCACCCCUCUCGGCACCCCUGUCCACCACCCCGGGCACCCCCCUCCCACCCCUCCCUCGUCCUCGUCCUCGUCCUCGUCCUCGCGCGCCGAGGGUGGGGGCGGCGUGGCCGGAGGCUCCCUGUCCCUCACCCCGCCCUCCAGUCCUGGGGGAAGUGGCGGGAUGGCCGCCAGCAGCUCCGCCCACUGGCGGACGCGCCUCAACUCCUUCAAGAACAACCUGCUGGGCUCGCCGCGCUUCCACCGGCGCAAGCUGCAAGUUCCUACAUCUGAGGACAUGUCGAGUCUAACGCCAGAGUCAAGCCCAGAGCUGGCCAAGAAGUCCUGGUUUGGAAACUUCAUCAGUAUUGAGAAGGAGGAGCAGAUAUUUGUGGUGAUCAGAGACAAACCACUGAGCUCAAUAAAGGCAGACAUCGUCCAUGCAUUCCUCUCAAUUCCCUCUCUCAGUCACAGUGUCAUCUCUCAGACCAGUUUCCGGGCGGAAUAUAAGUCCUCCGGAGGUUCAUCUGUCUUCCAGAAGCCUGUCAAAUUCCAGGUGGACAUUGCCUUCUCCGAAGGAGAGAGGGAGCGAGAGAGGGAUAGGGGCAAGGAGAAGGAGGAGAAGAGGGACAUGGGAAUUUACAGUGUCACCUUCACUCUUAUAUCAGGUCCUAGUCGCAGGUUUAAACGGGUGGUAGAGUCUAUUCAAGCUCAGUUGCUCAGUACUCAUGAUCAGCCUUCUGUGCAGGCACUUGCUGAUGAGAAGAACGGGCAGCUGUCCUCUCAUCCUCCCGGCUCCCUGAGCCGCCAGAACUCUCGCCGCUCGGAGGGAGGCGGCGACCGGGACAGCGGAGGCCUGCAACGCCGGGGCUCCAGCAAAGACAAGACCCGCCUGCUCUCCUCCAACGGAACCCAGUCUCAGCCCUGA